AUGUUACAUCUUUUUGGUAUUUUGAAACACUUCCUAAAGAGACGCCCGGAAGUGAUCGACAAUGCUGUCUUCCGGUUACACUGGAUGUUCACUUCUUCUUUAUUAAUGGUAUUUAGUAUAAUGAUCACAGCUAAACAAUAUGUUGGUCAACCGAUCGCGUGUAUGGAGAUAGACAAUAUCCCGGAAGAAGUAAUCAACGCUUAUUGUUGGAUUCACACAACAUUUGCUGUCCCAGAAGCUUUCCAUAAAGAAAUUGGAGUUGAAGUUCCUUAUCCUGGAAUAGAUAACUCUAAAAAUGGAGCAGAGAAACAUUACGCAUAUUACCAAUGGGUUUGUUUUGUGUUAUUCCUUCAAGCAAUACUUUUCUACACACCGUAUUACAUCUGGAAGAUAUGGGAAGGUGGUUUAAUCACGGCAUUGUCGAUGGGGAUGAACGUAGCCGUGAUCUCUGAAGAGGAGAAAGGUAAGAAAAGAAAGAUCGUCACUAACUACCUGUCAAAGCACAAGGGAAUGCAUAAGCUCUAUGCUCUAAAAUAUGUGCUUUGUGAGUGUCUAUGUCUAAUAAACGUCGUUGGCCAGAUGUGGCUCAUGAACAUCUUCUUGGACGGCGAAUUUUUUAGUUACGGCGUUAAAGUCGUCCAGUUUGUACAGAUGAAUCAAGAAGAGAGAGUCGAUCCGAUGAUUUUCAUCUUCCCACGUAUGACCAAGUGUCGUUUUCAUCAGUUUGGUUACUCUGGAGACGUGCAGAAACACGAUGUCUUGUGUAUUCUUCCUUUAAAUAUUGUCAACGAGAAAAUAUAUAUCUUCAUUUGGUUUUGGUUCAUCAUCCUUACCAUUCUCACAAUUGUGGUCCUUAUUAGUCGUUUAGUUGUGCUGAUAUUCAGGAGACUGCGAUCACGUUUCUUACAAGGUCGAUGUCGUCUAGCGGCUCAGAAUGAUCUUCAGAUGAUUUGUCGUCACUGUGAUUUUGGGGAUUGGUUUCUUCUCUAUAUGCUGACAAAGAAUGUCGACCCCGUAGUGGUUCAAGAAGUGACGUCGGAACUAGCAGGAAACGAAAGAUGGUCUGGAGAAGAAGACGCAGAAAACCUUGUUGUAUAGUAUAGUCACUUGCACCAAAAACUCUUCGAUAUACUAGAAACAGUGCUGUAAUCAAACAGUGUCGAGCAACACCGGAAUUUUGUGUCGUACUGACACGUAAAACUACGUGUUCUUUAACAAGGGAUACUCGUGGGAAUGACACGUGAGAAAAGAUAGUGAGUUUGAAGGUUUUGGGUAUAAGAAGCAUUAAAUAGACAUCAAAUGUCGAACGUACUCAGGUGAUCUGUUUCCUUCUGUAAUAUAUUUCUACAUAAUCCUACUCAUUACAUCAUCUAAACUCAGCUUAAAUGUCUAUAGAUCACUUACGAACAGUAGGUGGUUAGGGAUAACAAGUUUAGUAAGACUACUACCAAGAUCCAUUACGCGGGAAGAUCUAGUAUUAUGAAUUUAUUUACAGUGGAUCUGAACGUUUCCGCAAGUAUAAAAUUUUGCCGAGGAGAAGUUAUACACAGGAUACCUCUCUUAUUAAGAAAGAGCGUAUUCAUAGCCUAAAAUAGAAAGUUGGCGAGAAAUUCAUUAGGUAUUAUUUCUAAAAACGUGUAACUUGUACUGACAACUACGGUGCUCGAACAAAUCUUCCUGUGACGGCAAAUUAAUCACUCUGUUUCUCCUAUAAAAAAUAACUAAAAGUCGACGAAUAAUAGUUAAUAUUUGAACUUUGAACAGCAAAGUCUUCCACCUAUGUUGUACAAGUGAA